AACAUUGUUUUCUAACAACUAUUGAAAGGGAACAAUCCAAUUUUACGUAUAGGAUGUCGUUGAAAAUGUGUUUCCAGAAGCAUUUGAGCAAAAAGCAUUGCAAGAGGAGUCAUCUCGUAUCUUGCGAUUUAGAGGUCCAUUUUAGUAAUGAAAUUUCUUGUAUAACCGCGUCCUGCAUAAUAUUUUGUUAAUCGAUACUAGCCCCUUUUCACCCAAUGUAUAUAUGACGUAAAGCGUUAGGAUUCUUGGCGAAGAACUUUAAAUAGUGGAAGAUAAUGUCGUCGGAUGAUGACAAUCACGCCAAUACAACUUUUGAUAUUGGACCUGUUGGAUAUGAAAUAGUGGGUGAUAUAAAAAAAGUUAAUGAUGGGAGUAGUCGAGAGAUAGGAGAGCGGGCUGUUUGGUCAGUUUCUUCUUGUAAACAAGGCUAUGGAGUUACAUUGUUGAGAGAUGACAAUCUUGAAUCAUAUUGGCAGUCCGAUGGCACUCAACCGCAUAUGGUCAAUGUCCAGUUCAGACAGAAGACAGAUAUUGGUUGUGUGGCGAUUUACACAGACUAUAAAUCAGAUGAAAGCUACACACCAAGUAGAGUGUCAUUUAGAGUGGGCAAUCAUUACCACGACCUGAGAGAAAUUGAGCAAAUAUACAUGCAAGAGCCGUGUGGCUGGGUUGUGGUAAAGCUACAAGACAAGAUUCAUCAAAAGCCAAUCCGGGCCUUUAUAUUGCAAGUGGCAAUAUUGCAGAAUCAUCAAAACGGUAGGGAUACUCAUCUGAGACAAAUUAAAGUAUUUUCAUUCAAUGGUAUACGGAAGCAGUUUGAUCCAACAUUGCCUAUGGGGCUUACGUCGCAGCAAUUUUCAACUGUGGAAUGCAGCAUGUUCAACACCAUAAGGUGAACAGAGAAAAGCUAUCUGAAUGUUGGACCACCAGAGAAAAAAAGAUGGAGGACCACAACAAUGUGGGCGAAAUUUCAAUCCUGAAAUGAGAACAGCCGCUUUUAUUAUGAUGCAAACUGGGAAGGACGAGACUAUAAAAACAAGUUGAAUAUACUGUCUGUCAUCAUUUGUUGGUGAUAUUUUGAUAUAUUCAGCAAUUACAGUCAAGACUGUUUUUUUGAAUUUAUUGCAAUGAAAAGGACAUGACCACUAAAAACGUAAAAACAAGAAUUGUGAAAUAUACUACUUUAAGUUA